UCACACGCCCCGCUGCCGCAGUGGUGAGCAUCGCCUCGACGCAGAGCAUAGGAUUUUCAUCUACACGCGAUGGUAUCGGCAACCGUUAUCACGUCUGUCCCGUCGUUCGUGUCUCCAGAACAGCACAGUGAAAUUGUCAGAGCAACUCCUGGCUCGUUCAGCGACAUCCCACCCGUCCUUCGUCACAAGGAAGAUGACAUCUCUGUCUCAUUUGACCCUGCUCUCGAACAAUUCACGGCAGAGGAUGGCAAAAGUGGCACGCUGUAUGUGAUAGAGAGCGCACUCGUCUUCAUGUCCCCGACCGGUCGUGGUUUCCAAAUCCCUUACCCUGCGAUCACCUUGCAUGCGGUAUCGCGCCCACAAGGAGCCAGCCCAUUUAUAUAUUGCCAACUCGAUGAAGUCACAAACGACACUGGCGGUGACCUCGAAAAUGUAGAUAUGCGAGAGCUCACCAUCACCCCCAAAAAUCCAGCUUCGCUAGACCCCAUUUUCGAAUCAUUGUCGCUCUGUGCGUCAUUACACCCAGAUCCAAACAUGUCGGAGGAUGAGGAUGGCGAUGACGCUUUCAUAGCUGGCGAUCACUUCGAGACUUUCACAGGGGAAGAUGGGGAAGAACUAAGUGAAGUAGGGCGGGCAGCUCUCGAGCAUUUGGAAUCGAUCAUCUACGACCCUUUCGAGCAGCGAGAUGGUUAACGGUAAUUCAAACGGUUCAGAGAACGAGUGUAUUAGGGAGGAAAGUGGUGAUCGUUAAGAAUGCGGCACUCCCUCACAGCUUAUGCAUAAAUAUUGCACGUCUUAAUCUUGAUAGAUUGUCUUUGCCUGAUUUUGGGAAGGAGUGCACAAGGAUGAGUUCAGUUUCUUACACUUGCAAACUUCAUACAUCAGCCUUCAGCUUUACUUCUAUACAAAGUUCGGCGUAUUUAAGCACCAGCCUUCCAGUAGGCGAUAUCUCCGUCCACCACUAGAAGACAAGUCAGAUAGACCUUGAAAACCUGUCUAGUAGAGGCACUCACUCUCA